GAGUUUGGACAAGUGCGUGAUUGCAAAAUCAGGAAAAAUAUAUUUAUAAAGAUAUAUAAAUUGUCAUUGUUAAUGCAAUGCGCUUACACAGAUUUGCGAAUGCGUGCUGAAAAAUCAAACUCAAUUAAGUUCAAUUUGUGACAAGUUUCUACAUUAGUUUGCAGAAUCCUAACCUGUAAAACAAACUUGAUGUGAUUAUUGCGCACUUUUUUCGAAGUGAAUUACUCAUCAGAGAGUUUUCAUAAGUUCGUCUCGAGAAGUUUUUGUAUAUUCUGUCAUUUUUUAAACAUGGCAUCGAAAGAUAGUCUUUCUCCUAACAUUAUUUCUCCCCUGCCUGAAAAUAAAAUGCCGGAGUGCUGGAAACAAGACGACCGAAUGAAUUCACUGUUUGCUGACUUUCGAAAUCGAUCUGUCAAUCCUCAAGACUGGAGUUCAAAAUACAAGUUUUGGCAUGAAAUCAUUUUAGAGCUGUUGGACCACUACAAGUGUUGCAGCUUCAGUAUAUCGGAGUUAAAUGUUACCUUUAAAAGAAACGGUCGUGUUCCGAUGUGUUUGCCUACUAUAAUUCAGGAGAUGUACAGAAAUGGUGAAAUAGUUCGAGAAGAAGAUUUCUUGAAGGAGCCCUCUAGUACAUGGACCGGUUGGGCUGUCGACAUAUUUGUCAAGAAACCUCUCAUGUGGUCCUUUUCUAAAGCAAAAACCUACGUUUCCGAAGAAGUCAUCAGUGUACACACAAAGUACAUUCACUUGCCUACAGUGAGAGAUUUGGGGGAAAUAAUUUUAUCAACAAUAGACAGCAAUCGCGAAAAUACUUUGAUUCCAAUAUCAAAAAUUGUCGAACUCUGCAUUCAGAAGACGGAGAAUAAGUCGAUAAAUGAGAAAAACGUUAGAUUAGCUGUAAUAUGGCUAAGACAUACAAAAAAAGCUGCCUUCAAGGGAGAUUGUUCUGACGUAAAAUCAGAAUUGUUAGUCAAGAUCUGCAGUGAGGGCGUCAAAGCCAUUUCCGAGGUGGAAGAAGGUGUCUACAAGUUGAAAAAUCAGGAGAAAUUGUUGAUGAAGAAUAUCGAACACCUCGAGCUGGAAAAGCGUACCUGCGAGGAAAAAGCGAGGAAUUAUGUCGCAACUGAGUUCAGACAUGCGGCCAAAAACUGUCUGAGGAAGAAGCAUGAACUCGAAAAAUGUAUCGAGAAGAGAGUCAAUUCGCUACGCAAUGUUCAGACACUUCUCUCACGGAUUCAUGACGCACACUCUGAUUCUGAAGUCUUGGCUGCCUACAAAGUUGGUUGCAGCAUACUCAAGAAAUUCGAGGAAACUGGUUUGACCGAGGACAUCGUCAGAGAUACUAUGGAUGAUCUUUCUGAUGUCUUGGGAGAUUUUAAUGAAGUACAAGCGGCUUUAGCAGAACCAGCACAACUACCUAGUGAAUCUGAUUUAGAGCUUGAGCAGGAGCUGCAGGAAUUGCUAGAGUCUUCACUUGGAGAAGAUUUGAAUGAGAAGAGCUUUGAGCCUAAAAAUUCAACUUUGGAUUCCUCCAAAUUAAAAGAGUUACCUGAUUUAUCAAGUUUAAAACUACAAGAUUUACCUCCGCCAAAAAAUCCUGUGAAGCUGCCAUCGUUAACUUAGAAAUUCAACUUCAGAAAGACUUCGUCAGAUUGUAAAAUAGGAUUUGUUGUAAGUAAUAUGCAGGGCUUGCUACAUAAUUUUCUUCAUGUUUUCAGUAUUCGGAAAAAAUAGGUUUUUGCACGAUUCCGAAAGAAUAAUGUCAUUAUUUUGUUGUACAAUGAGAUCGCGUAUAAAUGCGUGUAGCAAAAAGUUAUGUGCUGAAAAUUUUGUUAACUUUCCAUGCAUACAAAUUAUUUUUGCUCUCUUUGUUAACUUAAUCAAGUAAAUAAAUAUUUAGAUUUUCGUGAUUUUCCAAUGGCUUAGGUCUGUUGAAGUUUUAAACAAUAUCUUUCAAUAUACUCGACUGUUUUUGUAUAUACUGCAAAAUGUAAUAAAUUAUUUAAGGAUUUUUACUUAUACAAAAAAAUGUACAUUCUAAGGUGAUAUCUAUAUUAAAUUUGUAGAAGAU